AUGACAACUCCAAAAUUCAACUCCAAGUCGCCUACAAUACGACGCAUACUACGCGAGGCCCAAGAACUCUCCAGCUCCCCAUCGCCAGAUUACACAGCUACCCCGAUAGAAUCAGAUUUGUUUGAAUGGCACUUCACCUUCCGAGGUCCUCCCAACUCGUCUUACAGCGAAGGCAUUUAUCAUGGCCGCAUUGUGCUGCCGCCCACCUACCCCCUGCGCCCGCCAAGUUUUCGCUUCCUGACCCCGAGCGGCCGAUUCGAGACCAACCGCGAGAUCUGCCUGAGUAUUAGCGGUCACCACGAGGAGACAUGGCAGCCUGCCUGGGGUGUGAGGACGGCACUUGUAGCGCUACGCAGUUUCAUGGAGACGGACCCCAAAGGUCAACUAGGCGGUCUCGAGACAAGCGACGCCGUAAGAAAGCGCCACGCCACAGCAUCACACACGUUUAAGUGUCCAACAUGCGCCAAAACGAACCUUGAAAUCAUUCGAGACUGUGAAGAUGCUGCCAAAGCGAACGCCGACUCGUCCGGAAUCACGGCCGAAGUUGAGAUCCCAUCAGAACUGAAGUUGGGUUACAAGGACGAAAUGAGCAAGACUGAGACUGGUUCGGGAGUACCGGAGGCUUCAACACCGAGGACUGAAGCGGUGGAGAUGGAAAGCGCCGAGCUGGCGGAGGGUUUCGUUCGUACGGUGCCCAAGAUAAAUACAGCGGCGAGGACGGCGUCGUCUCCACAACCUUCGGCACCAUCUUAUCCCCCCGCUCGUCCGGGACAGGGAAUUCCAGCGCCUACGAGGACGGUCUCGCUGCCUCCGGCUCCGAAUGUUGGUGUGCGGCAGCAAGCUCCUCCGGCUGCCCGUGCGCACGAUGAAGGCGUGCCGCUCUGGAUUGAUCGAGCGAUUGUCGUACUCGUCGUUCUUCUACUGGCUAUGAUUUUAAAGGCUCUGCUUGAUUUGUAG